AUGACUCGAAGAUGUAUCUAUCUUACUGAGAGUAAAUACGAAGAGGCUAUCUCUAUGUGUGAGAAGUCACUCAAAAUUCGAUUAUUAAUCCUUGAUCAUGAUCAUCUCGAUAUAGUGAAUUCAUAUCUAAGCAUAGCUUUUGCGUAUCAUGCCCAAGGCAAGCAUGAAGAUGCUCUUUCUAUGUAUAAGAAAGCACCCAGAAUUCAAUUAUUAGUCUUUGAUCACAAUCAUCCUGAUAUUGGUUUGACGUUCAAAAAUCUAGCUAAAGCCUAUCAUAAGCUGGGCAAGAUCGAAGUGGCUAUCUUCAAAUAUGAGAAGUCACUCAAAACUCAGUUAUCAGUCCUAGAUCAUAAUCAUCCCAAUAUUGUAACGUUAUAUGUAAAUAUGGCGUUAGCGUAUCAAGACCAAAGCAAGCAUGAAGAAGCUCUGUCUAUGUAUAAGAAAGGAUUCGAAAUUAAAUUAUCAGUUCUUGAUCACAAUCAUCCCGAUUUUGCUGUGAUAAGGGAAAUUCUAGCUCAAGUCUAUCAUCAGCAGGGCAAGAUCGAAGAGGCCGUUUCUGUGUACGAGAAUUUACUUGGAAUUUCAUCGCCAUUUCUUGAUCGCAAUCAUCUCCAUAUUGAAUAA